AUGUCUUUGGGUGCAGUUGGGUGGCAUCGGAAGUUUAUCAAGGAUUUUAGUACAAUUGCUCGACCAUUAACAUGGCUUUUGGAGAAAGAUAUCAUAUUUACUUGGGGUAAGGAGCAAGAUGAUGCAUUCAAUACACUAAGACAUGAAUUGGUUAAAGCUCCAGUAUUAGCCCAUCCUGACCCCACUCGACCCUUUGUUGUUACUACGGAUGCAAGUAAAGUAGUUCUGGGUGGUGAAUUAUCACAAGAAGAUGCACAAGGACAAUUACAUCUGGUUGCAUAUUUCAGUCGUGCAUUGACCAAACGAGAACGUUCAUAUCCAACUCAUGACAGAGAAGUGAUAGCUAUCCGGGACACGCUUAAGCAUUUUCGGUAUUAUCUGUUAGGUCCACAAGUAGUGAUGAGGACCGACCACAAACCUCUUCUAAAGAUCCUGGAACAGAAAGAUCCUUUUGGACGAAGAGCGACAUUGGUGAGAUAUAUAGCAGAAUUUGAACCACGCAUAGAGUUAAUUCGGGGGCAGGAUAAUCACAUGGCAGAUGCUCUUAGUCGGAUCGGAUGGAAUGUCAAGUGGGAAGAGAGAGAUGAGGAUACUAGUAAAGUGGCUACUAUUGCGGUUCUCAAGACGAGAUUGGUCCAUGCAAGGAUGUAAGGUUGGACAUAAAUUAUUUCCAAUUGCAGCAAGAACGCGACCCAACCCUUAAAGGGAUACGGCAAUAUAUUUUUUAUUAUUUCAUUUUAAAGAACUUUUAAAAUUAUAUGUAAAUCUCUUUUACCAAUUUUGCGUCACUUUAUUAUUUCUUGAGAUAUUUGAACAGAAAAAAUCACAAAUCAGCGAGCUUUCCGCCAUCUUGGAUUUUGGCGGAUAUGCAUGUGACAUCAUAAGCAGGGUCACGCAAGAAUUUUAUCCAUAGAGCAAUUGGUUAUUAUGAGCCCAAAAUCAUAUACUUCAGUAAUUAUUUGAAAUAAUUAUUUGAAAUAAUUAUUUAAAAGUUCUUUAAUUAAAAUGAAAUAAUAAAAAAAUAUAUUGCCACAUACUUCCACUCACCGAAACGAGCAUGGUUUAUUCACUCGAGACCAUAAGAAGCAAGUGUUACUUCCAGCAUCGCUUAUUCCCACCAUAUUAUCAUUAGCUCAUGACGAAACAGGGCACCAAGACGCUGUGUUGCUACUCUUGCCCAGAGACAUAGAAAAGCACCCAUUUAUCAACGACCAAAAGAAGAGAAACCAUUUGCGUUGAUAGAAGUAGAUCUCAAGGGUCCAUUACCGAGAACAAAAGAGGGAUUUGACAAUAUUGUUGUGAUAACAGAUCCAUGUACAAAAUAUGCAGAGAUGCAUCCAAUUCGAGGACAAACUAGCCAAGUUGUUUGUAAGACACUCAUGGUAGGAUAUCAAGGUAUGGUUUACCAAACAAAUUGCACUCUGACAAUGGACCUUGCUUCAUAAGCGAAACAUUUGAACAGUUUUGCAUAACCCAAGGCAUUGAGCAUACUUUCAGUCCACCCUAUAGGCCACAAGGAAACGCGGGUGUAGAACGGAUUAAUCGUACGAUGGGGAAAGCACUCACAAAAUUCGUAGAUAAACAUCCCAACCGAUGGUCUCAACACCUACCUGACGUACAACUAGCAUACAACACAACAGUUCACACAAAUACAGGAGUUUCGCCGUACGAACUAGUUUUCAAGGAGCACCCGCGAUCAAAAUUCGAAAUUAUAACAGAGAAGAUAUCACCAGCAACGGUUAGAGAGAAAAACGGAACGACUGCGCGAGACUGUUAGUAAGGUAUUCCAAAAAGCACAAGAGUCCGAUGCCAAGUUAGCGGAAAAACGCAGAGAACGGUACAACAGUAAAACUUCGUUUAAAUCGUUGGGGGUGGGUCACCAAGUUUGGAAAAGAAAUUUACGGGAAAAAACAUUUGCAGAUCGGUGGACGGGACCCUAUGUCGUGGUAAAGUCCACGUCGGAAACCAAAACAUCUUGUGUAGUGAGAAGGAAAAAUGGAACUAAAGAAGAAAUUGUCCAUUACAAUUACCUUAAACCUUAUCAGAUUCGACCUGUCAAGAAACCAAAGUCAAGGAACCCACCAAAGAAGAGUUACAUUGAUAAAUAG